AUGGACGUGAAAGGAGAAAUAUGUGAUCCUCAUGAAGAAGGUGUUAUUAAAAUUGAACCAGUUUCUAUUUAUGAGCAAAACGAAGAUCAAAAUGUGAUUGGUGAUAUUUUUAAAUCUCAAAUAAGUGUCAAUGAAUUCAAGCCAGAAUUAAUCAAAUAUGAAGUGUCUAAACUUGAACAAGGUACGGAUUAUCAAUCGGAAAUUGAGCCUGAAUGUACAACUGUUAAGGAAGAACUUGAUAACAUUAGAGAAGUUAAAGCCACAGGUUUCAGGGUUAUGAAGGUAGAGAUUUUUGAAUAUGUUCAGUUUAAACAAGAGAGCGAACUUUUGACUUCGCAUUGUGAUUUGCCGACUUUGAAAACUGAAUGUAUUGAUUAUCCAGACUAUUUAACAGAAUCAUGUAUUAGCAAACAAACCCAACCGAUAUUGAAACCUGUCUGUCAAAAAAGUGAUGAAAACCCAGAAAACCUUACCAACCAUCAACAAGAUAGCUCACUAGGAUUGACAUCUGGAUGCUGCAUCAACUUAGAGCAAUAUUUAAUAAUUGACCCUAACGAAAGAAUAUUUCAGUGUGGAAUUUGUGCCAAACAAUAUAGACAUAAGUUGCCCUUACAAAAUCAUUUAAAUGUACAUAAAACCACUUUUCAGAUUCAUAAUAAUGAAAGUACAUUUCAGUGUGACAUUUGUUCCAAAGAAUUUAGUCACAAAUCUAAUUUGUAUCAACAUUUACUAAUUCACACUAACAAGAAACCAUUCCAGUGUGAAAUUUGUUCAAAAGGAUUUAAUAGAAAUUCCAGCUUACAAAGACAUUUAAUAAUUCACAGUAAUGAAAAACCAUUUAAAUGUGACAUUUGUUACAAAGAAUUUAAUCUAAAAACUAACUUAGAGAGACAUUUAUUAACUCACUCUAUUGAAAAACGAUUUAAAUGUGACUUCUGUUCUAAAGAAUUUAAUCUAAAUUUUAAUUUAGAGAAACAUUUACUAACUCACUCUAAUAAAAAACGCAACUUACAGAAUCAUUUAAUAAAUGAUACUAAUGAAAAGCCAUUGACGUAA